AACUAUACGCAGGGAAGUAUGACAAACGUUACGCUACUCACUUCAGUUCUGGUUCUGGUUCAAGUCGUUCGAAAUGUGUUUCUUGAAUCUUUCCUGCCAAAGAUAAUUUCAUUAGAAUAAUCUAUUGUUUUUGUUCAUUGUAUCUCUCGUUGCCCUCUUCAAAGCACCAUGCGAGGAAUGCCUGUCGACCUGUAUCGGGAUAUUCUGUUUGAGAUUAACAAUUUUAAAGGAUCUGCCAGAGAAUGUAAUCUUUGUUUGUGUACGAAGUUCCCUGAGGUACCAAAUUUAACACUCGGCAGCAUUUAUUCUUUGGAGUAUCAACGACGAAUGAAACGAAACCACUCAAGAAUAGCAUCAUCCGCUGACAAAUAUUAUGAUAAGUUUCAGGAGGCAGUAAAUCGAGGUGAUGAGCCAGGUGUCAUUCUACGGAUGGCUCAGAGCAUUGAUAUUUCUCCUGCUCUUCUCGCGCGCAUGAUCUUAGAACAGCAUUAUGAAAGACUUGCCCCUGAAGUAGCUGUCUCAGUUUCAAAAUCUCUUAUAUCAAGAAAGAUGAAAGAUACUACUCUAAUCGAGGAUAGAGAUGUUGCAUAUGAAGUGUAUUUGGUAAGCUCUUGCAUUAGAUAUACUUACAGACCCAUGUACUCUGACUGCCAAAAUGUUUUUGUCUUUUUUCAGAGCACUCUUAAUGAUGAUCAGUAUGGACCAUUGGCAGACGUGGGAAAGCAUUCUCUUGGACAGGAAUAUGAAUUAAAGUUACAAAGAAUAGCUAAGGAUUUGAAACUAGCUUUUAGAGGAGAAGAACAUCUUCGAUUAAAAGGCUACGACAAAACUCCUGAUAUCAAACUAGACAUACCAAUAGCAGUGGAUGGUUUCAUCAUAAAUUGGAUUGAAAGCAAGGCCCUCUUCGGUGAUGAAGAAGGACAUCGUGGCUAUCUAAAAGACCAAUAUCUGAGUUAUUGGAACAGGUUUGGUACAGGCUUGGUCAUUUAUUGGCUUGGCUUUCUUGAGACAUUGGAUCAAAUGAAUGAAAAGAAAAUCAUAGUGAUGAGUGAUUUCCCAAGUAACAUAACUCAAAUGGAUCCGCAAUGCAUUAAACCCCCUCAGUUGUGAAUCAGAUUUUAUUCUGUCAGUUUCAAAGGCACUCCAAAAUUCACUUAAGUAGUCAAUAGAUUCAAUGACAGUUUACAAUCAUUAAAAAGGUAAAAAUAGAAAAUUUUUAUACAGGCUUCUUUGAUUUAAAUUUGUUUGGGCGGUUUGUAAGGUGCAUUGUAAAACUUCAUAAUCAUUAAAAAGGUAAAAAUAUAAAUAUAAAAUUUUUA